AUGGUCCUUCGAAGUCGCAGACAAAGAUUUCCUUUCUCUUACCUCGUGCAGGGUCUCUCGUCUUCUAUCAAGAAUUCGGUCAUUCUCCUGGCCUCAUUGGCCACACUCAGCACCGCCCUUCCCGGGUUUGGACAAUGGCACAAGCCCAGUGGAGCACCAACUGACAUUGCCCAAGGUGGCCAUGACGGGUCGGGCGGCCCUCCCAGUUACGGAGCCGACGCGGGUGCAGGCCACCCUUCUGGCUUUGGCAAGUAUCCAGGCGCUGGAGCGGAUGAAGACCAUGAUCACCCAUCUGGUGACGACCACGCCGGCGACGGCGACCACGAACACGGAUUCGAUGAUAACAGGCCUGCUGCGCAUUCCCGUCGCGGCGAGGCGGCCAUGUACAAGGCUGGCAACCAGGCAGAGUCCAAGUACGAAGGCACCAACGGAAACCACCAAGCACAGCACAAGAACAACGGUGGCGCAUCGGACGGCCAUACCGGCCACGUCGCCGCCCCCAAGGGCCAUCCGGCAGAGCACAGAUGGUAUGACGGGUCUAAGCAGAGCCAUCCCCGAGAUGUUCACCACGAAGGGCCCAUCGCAGCCCCGGCACAUGAGGAGCCUGAGAAGAACGAAAUCGCAAAAGACAUUAGGUUCCUUCAUCUCAAGGACGGCCAGGGGAGCGGAGCGGUGCACACCCAUCAGGCUCGUGCAGCCACGCGCGGUAUGUACGAAUGCAUGAACAAGAACUUUGUGAUGCCGUGCACCUACACGCCUGUCAACGACGGGCAGUGCUAUAACAGAAACUACGGCGACCAGGAUCCAUGGGCCCGGACAAGGGCCUGA